AUGAAUCAUUUAUAUCUUGGUUCAUCUUCAACAUUCAGCUCAAUGGUUAAAGUUGGUGACUUUAUCUAUAUAUUUGGUGCAAAUAGCAUCUCCAACAACAUCAACGAUUCAACAUUCGAAAGAUACUCGACAAUCGAUAUCAAUGCAAGUUACCAUCUAUUCACAUUCUUCUUCAAAGGUCAUAUCUAUACUUUAACACCAGCUACGAUUUUUCAAUUUAAUAUAAACAACAAAACAACAGUUGAAUUAUCAGUUAAAAUCACUGGGAAACCAAUGGCAGCAUGUACAGAUGGCAAUGGCAAUCUAUAUAUUCAAUCAUAUUCAGAACUGCAACGAAUCAAUAUUGAAACCAAUGAAAUCAAAUCAUUCGAAAAGAGUACCAUCGCAAUGAAUGGCUACUACAAUUUGAUUUAUCAUCAAUCGAAUGAUGGUCAAAGUUAUAUUUAUUCAAUCCGAGGAAAAAAUCAAAAUUAUGUGUUCUCAUUUGACAACAACAAAUGGGAGCAAAUUCUCCAAGAUGACCCAUCUGACAGAACAAAUUGUGCAAACAUAUUAGACCAAAAAUAG